GUUUGUGCUGCUGGCAGAAUACUAGUAAACUUGCGGAACUGACGGAUUUCCAGGCGACUCACAGCAAGUCACGGGGACAGAAGCCAUGGCAGGUAACUGUGUUGGGGAGAGCGACGGCCUGACAUUCUGGGUGGCUGAACAAAAGGACUACGAUGACGUCAUGUCCAUUUCUGUUCAAAUCUACGGAGGGAAUGACUACCUGCCUCAUCGAUACGCCGGUUGGAUGACUGAGCCUGACAGAGUGGUUAUACUGGGACGCAGAAACGGCAAACUGGUGGCACUGGAGUCUGGUCUAAUCGUUGACGAGGGGCGUACGGUGGUGGUGGAGGGAUUGAGGGUGUGCCCCAGCGAGAGGGGUCGCGGCGUGGCUAGGGUCAUCCAGGGGUUUGCUGACCAGUACAUCCAGCAGCUGUACCCCUCCGUCAGGACCAAGAGACAAACCAAGGCUGAUGACCCUUCAGCUGGGCCCACACAGACACUAGCCAAGUUCACAGAGCUAGGGAGACGGGCUACUCUCUCAUUCGUCGGGGAGGCCGACAGUUUCGACGGUUUCAUCUCACACCUGAAGAACAAACUACAUUCCACCACAGGAAGUGACCCAGGUGUGUCCGUCCCCCAAAUGGUUCCGCUAGAGGAUGAGCAACACCUGAAGAACAUCCUCCUUGAUCCUGAACUCCCUUCCAGGGUCCAACUUCCUGGUGGUGCCAUUAUCCAAGACUGGCAGCCCUUACAACCAAUCAAAGGCAACCUUGAGAUCUUAGCAAGGCGAAACCUCACCUGGUUGGCCGACAAGCUAGAAAGACCUGCCUUUCUCAGCUUUUACACUCCGCCUUAUCCAAUCCCGUACAAGGGAGGAUCGCUGAGAUUCAAUAUUGAUAUGUUUGGAACGGAUCUAGUUUCAGCAAAGAUGGCGCUUGUCGGCCAUUUUGAGAAAGUGAGGGAGAGGAGGGAGUUGAAGGGGAGGGUGAUGGUUCAUGUGUACCUGAAUAAGUUGCUAUGGGAGGGGGUGAGGGAGUUCUGUGAGGGAGACGCAGGCGUGCGGAGGUGUAGAGAGUACUGGGAACAACUGUUUCUGGAGAGAGAGAUGUGAGUAAAGGGAGAGAGAGAGGGGAGAGGAUGAGGAAGAGAGAAUGAGGAAGAGAGGGAGAGAGAGAUGGAGGGAGAGAGGAUAGCAAAAAGAAGGACACAGUGAGAAAGAGAGGAAAGGAGACUUAGAGCAGGGCUUUCCACAUCAUCUUGCUUUGAUUAUUUUAAUCACCCAGGACCGAGUUUGGGAAACCCUGACUUAAAGGACUGAAGAUUUAGAGUGAAUUAGCUAUAUGUUUUAGCCAUGUAAUCAAUAUAAAUAAUAUAUCAUACUGUAUGUAACUGACUUGUUAUUUUGAUUUGAUUGAUCGACUGGAACGAAGCCAGCACUUUAGAAGUUAAUAUGAUCAAAAAAUGAUUGUGAUAAUGUAAGAAUUUAUAAUGGGGCAUUACAGGAAUAAAUGUUUUCUUAUUAAAUCAUCAUAGAUUUUUGUAAAGACAACUCUACCAAAUCACUGUGAUUCAUCAUGAUUAUGAAAUGCAACUCAAUAUCAAUAAGAAUAAAUAAAUAGAAUGCC